CCAUGUGCCGGAGGUGCCUUAUGGCAGAAUUCCAUUGAUGAAGUUGUGGCUGCUGCAUCCGCUCUCUUCCUGGCGUUUUCACAUCCACCACCACACGGCACCAAGCCAAGGCCUGCCGAGGUUCUGUGGCCACUGCACAUCUGGCCCAGGGAUGCCCCACCAGAGUCAACUCGAUUAUUCGCAUGUCAGGUUAAUUUGCGUAGAAAGAAUGUGUGGGGAAACCCCAGGAAACACACGGCCCAGGCUCUAAUCAAAUCUAACUCUAAUAAUAAACCUCGUGAGUAAUGAGCAGGCUCAGGGGCUGGAGCUCACAGUGAGAUGACAGGAGCUGGGGGAGACUAGACUUGGCCUGAGACGAGACUGAGGACAUGCUUUUGAUGUGCCCUAGGUGGAAGGCCAUGACCAAUUGCACAGAACAGCAGUACUGGGACAAUCUCCUGUGCCAAUGCAUCUCCUGCAGAGUUGCCUGUAAUCGGCCCAGGGUUGAGAGAUGCACUACCUUCUGCGCAUCAAUGGACUGCAUCAAGCAACCUGACUCCUACUACGACGAGCUCUUGAGAAAAUGCAUCAACUGCUCGGGCAUCUGUGGGCAGCACCCAAUCCAGUGUCUCCCGUUCUGUGAGAAUAAACUGGUAACUACCUCAUCCAGAAUGGCUGCUCUGGAGCAGAAGCUAGGCAGUGAUCAGGACCAAUGGCUGGUUGUCUACCUGCUGCUGGCGCUCUGCCUUUGCACCGUGAUCUGCUCUUUGCUGGUGGGCUGGACCCACUUCAAAAGGAGGGGAGCAGAGGUCUCCUGCCAGCCCACCCCUGGGACCUGCCACAAGAGAGAGGAUUCCUCAAAAGAUCACUUAGUGGAAGCAGGGAGCGUUGGAGGUGGCUCCAUCGGGAGCAGACUACCAGAGCCCGUGGAAACCUGUGGCUUCUGCUUCCCUGAACAAGGGCCUGCCAUGCAGGAGACCAAAGCAUGUCACAGCUCCUUCUAUCAUCCUGGAGCAAGGGCUACUGCCUCGCUGGCUGGGAUAUCCAGCACAGGAAGUGCUGGGGCUAUCCCCGCCCCUGAGGACGGCCAUUUCAAAAUCAUAUGCUCCCCAGCACAAGAGAAGACACCGAUGACAUGAACUCAUUGAGCGAUGCGGUGAUCAGGGAGAGAAGUAACACUCCCCACACUCAGAAUAAAGCUGCUUGCAUAUGAUCCUUGCUCUCAAUCUUCAGUAAAACACAACUGUACCUUGCCUGCCAAUCACGAUAGAAGCUACCUUCAUA